AUGUCCUCUCGCCUCGCUUCCUCCAGCAAAUCGCCUCCUAGACGGGUCAUCAUGCCAGCAUUGCCGUUGCUGCCCAAGUUGACGCGUGCUGCUGCUUCUACACCACCAGAAACCUCCUCAACGGCCGAGAUCGAGAGCGUUUCUGAGGCUGUAGGCGAUCUAGAGAUCGCAAACGACGCUGGAAACGCCCAGAUCGACCCUGAUGCGAGCAAAGCUUCUCCUCCUGCCCUUGCUGCUGUCAAAACCCCUACCAACGUCGUGGAAUCUGCGAAGUUGGAGCCGGCCAAGGAAGACGACGUUUUUGGCGCCUCUACAACUGCUGAGCCUCACGAAGAGGUUGUUCCUGUUGCCCCUGCCCCUCUUGCUCUUGCUCCUCGCGUUGAGGGCACCGUUCGCAGUCAGCUGGCCUACAACGGCUUCGCCCCGAGACCAGAUCGAGUCUCGCAGCUCCCGAAUGCUAUCAACGCCCAGGGGUUGUAUCCCCCUGAUGCUCUGAUCUUUGUAGCCAACCUCUCAAACCAACGCUCUGGGGAGCAGCUAGAGCUCGCUUGUCAUCAAGCCUUCGAUAGGUAUGGUCGCUGCCAUAUCAAGGUGCGCCUGGACAAGAACCGUCAUCCUUUUGCGUUUGUGCAGUUCGAGCGUGUCGACGAUGCGAAUGUUGCAGUCAAUGCUGCCUCCGACAUGAUGAUAGAUGGCCGUAGGAUCCGCAUUGAGCGUGCCAAAGCCGAACGAGCUGUCAUUUUGAGCAGGCAAGAUGGCGCAAUGCCUACAGAGGCCGAGGCUCGCCAAUUGCUUGGGAAAUAUGGUCCGAUUGAGAUGUGUGUCAAUACCAACACUGUCGAUCGUGCCCGAUACAACAUGGCUCCAGGAAUGUACAUCAAGUUCGCAUACUACCUGGAUUGCCGUGAUGCGCUUCGUUGUUUCAACAACCAUGCAGGGGGCUAUAACCUGUACAUGGCACCCUGUGUGGAGCCACGGAUGAGAACUGGUCCAACAGGGUCCCCUGUUGUUCGUGGCUUCUCUACUCCUCGUUCUGCUGUCGACCAGAAGUCCAUCUACGUUGGCAAUCUGCCAGAGGGCACGACUCGUCAAGAACUGGAGGAGUUGUUCAAGGACUACGGCAGCAUCAUCCAGGUCAAUGUGAUCAAGAAGAGCUUCGCCGAGGAGAGUAUCAAUAUCUUUGCCUUUGUCGAGUUCAGCAACCCCCGAGAGGCUGAUCACGCGUCCCAUGCAGAACGUUCCUUGCGGGGAAUCAAGCUUCGAAUCGAGCCCAAGGAGUAUUCAGCUCGCCGUCCUCAGCGCACAGGAUACUACUUCCCAGGCACUCCAGUUCGACAGAAUACUCCAGGGAACUACAUAGACGCCGGCUUUUCUGGACAGCCUAUGAACUACAACAAUCCAGACAUGUACGCCAUGCAGCAGAUGACGACCCCUCCUGGCGGAUACAACCAGGGUUACCCGAUGCCGACAUUCACCCCUCUCCCUGGCGGGCCGUUCUCAACCCCGCCGAGUCAUUCUGGGAUGGGCAACAUGCUUCCAAUCGGCAUGUUUCCCCCCUCGCCAGCUCAUAACAUGAAUCCGUACGGCCAGGGACCUGUCAAUCAGUACAAUUCUCCGCUGUUCGGUGGCCACGGCCACAUGAUGGGUCCGAUUCCAGAGCACGGAGAGGAAGAAUACUAG